GGUUAAAGGCGGCCCUGACACCUCGCCGCGCGUCCGACUUCGUAAUUUACGACGCCGAGUCACGGACUAUCCGUGACUAGAUCCGUGACUACUCCUUCAUAUAAAAUCAACACUUAGCUGAUUUUUCAUUCCGCAUUCCUUUCAGGCCAAAACCCUAAAUCCUUCAUAUCUCCCUCUACACUCCACCGGUCUCAACUCCAACUCUGCCUUCAACCGUUCACUGCCGCCGUUCUCUGCCGCCGUUCGCUGCCGCCGUUCGCUGCCGUCGUUCGCCGCCGCCGUUAGUCGCCACCGUCUGCUGCUGCCACUGUCGGCCUCCUCCUUCUUUUUUCAUAAAGAUGAGCAAUGAACAAUCCACAUCCCGUGCUCGCCCGAACUAUGCGCCCUUAACCCAAACCGAGCGCAACAAUGAAGAUUCCGAAUGGGUGACACCUCACAUGGUUGCUAACGAUCAAGAUGUGCUCAACCAAAUCAAAAUCAUAAUUGGUGGACACUUUCUUGGCAACUGGGCGACGUACACGGAUGUUGAUCCCAAGGUCCGUGAACUUUGGUGGAACUUGUUCAAGGUAAAAAAAUCAAUUUUUCGUCAUUGAUGUAACAUAAAAUUUGACAAGGCCCCGCUAUUCAAGUUCAUUUAUUUUUUUAAUAAAGGCCCGGUUUCGCUGGACUGAAGAACAAGGCCCCGCUAUUCUAACACUUCUCCCCUGCAGUCCUUCAACACUCCCCACCGCAGAGGUUUCUCACAACGCUCGCAGCAGUGCAUCCACUACAACACUCACCGUCGCAGCAGUCCACUCCAACACCCACCGCCGCAGCAGUCCACUCCAACCUCCACCGCCGCAGCACUCUGCAAACCAGCCGACCGACGCACCAACGAACCGACCGACGCCCAACCCCCCUUUCCAACCUGUGAUUCCAUUUCCCAAAUCUCUUUUUGAGUUGCCGGGCUUAGGGCGUUCAUAUCACACAUCUUCGAGGCGUACAAUUGGAGCAAUUAUGGCUCAAAAUACCAGCAGCAGCCGCCGACAGAGGCCAAAUAUACUAAUGACGGGAACUCCGGGUACGGGGAAGACGACGACGGCGUCUGCCCUCGCGGACGCCGCUCAGCUUCGCCACAUAAACAUCGGCGAUCUAGUCAAAGUGAAGAACUUGCACGACGGCUGGGACGAUGAGCUCGACUGUUUCAUCAUCAACGAAGACCUUGUUUGUGAUGAACUUGAGGAUAUGAUGGAACAAGGUGGAAACAUUAUUGAUUACCACGGAUGUGACUUCUUUCCAGAGCGUUGGUUUGAUCGUGUUGUUGUUCUUCAAACUGAAAAUUCUGUUUUGUAUGAUCGCUUGAAACAGAGGGGUUACUCAGAUGCAAAACUAAAAAAUAACAUAGAAUGUGAAAUUUUCCAAGUGUUACUGGAGGAGGCAAAAGAGAGUUAUAGAGAGG